CUCAGAACAAAAUUAUGCACAGAGUACUUUUACCUACCGAAUUAUGGUAGAAUUCACCACAAAGCAUCUGGCAACGCUAGUUUGAUGGUUUCAAUUUAUCCCAUUGACUUGAGAUUUUAAAAUAAAUAAUAAAAAUGGCGGAUGAAGAUGAGAUAGACAUUCUGGGUGAUUUCUCUUUUAAUUCUUGUUUUGCCCAGAAUAGCCAAGGGAUUCCAUCAUGUUCAAACAGAGAAGACACGGUGCACCCUCAAUGGCUGCUCGAUUCCACAGCAAACAAUUGGUAUGAUUCACAGAAUAUAGAUAGAAAUAGGCUGAAAGAAGGGCCUUCGAGGAGGCUGUCGGGUAACAAUACAACAAACAAGUUCAGCCCUACGUUACAAACUGUGUGGAGCCAGGCUGAAAGAGAUUUACUACAGAGAGAAAUGGCGAAAUACGGAAGGAAUGUGCGCAAAAUAUCGCAGACACUGAAAACUAAGACGGAAGCGGAAAUCCAAGCAUUAAUUGAGGCAGAACACGGAAUUCAUUUAGACACACCUGUACUUGGUCUUGACAAAUAUGAAGGAAUCGACACACCUACUGUGAUUCAAGAAGAAAUCGUCACAGAUGAUCCCGUCAGUGACGUACUAAGUAUGGUGACAACCGGCUCUCCUACUAUUCCAGUAUUAAAACAACCUUUCAAAAAGAAAAACAAUAAAACAAAAAUAAGCAACUCAAAAGUUCAACCAAAAAAUAAUAAAUCAAAAGUUGGGUUUUUACCUGCAAAUGUGACGGUAGAUCCAGCAGAAAUAUUCUAUGAAGAUGAUUUGACUAUAGGCUCUACUGAAUUGAUACAAUCAGAAAUGGAUACGUCGAGAAAUAUGGCUUUACAACAUAAAGAGAGGAUUAAGGUGAUGAAGAAAAUUGGUAAUCAUAGGAGAAAAGUAUCACGAAACUAUGACAAAACUAAUAGAAACAGAAGCAAAGACAAUAAGAAGUCGCCUCAAGGUCGUCAGAGGAAAGACUCCAGCUUGUCACUUUCGGAUGACAGUGUGAAGAGCCCUAAGAUGCAGAUCGUGUUGGGUUCCGGACAAGCUCUGCCUUUAUCUGAGGGAGAACAAGUGAUUAAAAUAGAGAAGAAGAAAGAGUCAGAAUGUGAGAGUGACAUAGAAGUAGACAUCGACAGUGACAGUGAAGCUUCACCACAAAAGAUACAGCCUAAGCAUGAAGUAGAUGAAGCUCCCAUAGCAGUCCCAUUGAGGAAGUUUGAGCCCAUGCCGAAAAGAAAUAGAAAGAUUCCUUUGGAUGGUGGUGGUGGGUACACAAUAAUGCACACCGAGGCGGGGGAUUUGUAUGAAAUAGGCCAGGAGCCGCGUAAAGAGCGCGCGCAGAAAAAACCGACCAUACAUCUCAUUCAGUGCCGACUGUACAAUGACGAGAAACCGCCACCCUGCGAAGUGCACUUGCACGUAUCCGCGCUAAUAAGCAUGGACGUGCACGCGCAUACAUCACGCGCCGAGGUGAUGGGUCUAGUAGGUGGUGAGUGGUGUGAGCCUCGACUAUACAUGCGACUGUACAGAACUGCGCGCGCCGCCGCCGCCGCUACGCAUUGUGAUAUGGACCCUGUGUCACAAGCGUGCGCUGCAGAAUGGCUCCGGUCCCGCGGACUGGACGUAUGCGGCUGGCAUCACUCCCACCCGCGCUUCCCGGCCGCGCCCUCCGCGCAGGACCUGCGCACACAGAGGGCCUUACAGCGCGCCCUCCGCUGGCCUCUGCCCUUCCUCGCGCUGAUCACCUCGCAGCACUGGCCCGCGCGGACCGUGCCCAGCGUGUCGCGACUGCGAUGCUUUCGUGUAGAGGAGACGGAAAAUGAAAAUAUAAAUGAAGAAGCAACGGAUACGCCUGUCGGUUACCAGCUGAAAGUAAAGCUAGUCCCAGACCUGACGACGGACAGUCUGCCGCAGUUCCUACGCGAGCUUCGAGACGUGGUCUCGGAACGCGACGACCGCGGCGAGUUCAAUGUGAACGUGGCCGAAGAUGUCUGCCCGCAGGCCGGCAUGACGUAUUUGGAAAAGUGCAUCCUGAGUAUACGUCACCACAUGCACUCGGCGGGCUACGAGCACGACGCGCCGCUCGUCGAGCUGCUCGUGCGCGGCGUGCGCCACGUCGUCAGGUGACCACUCGCCGACUGAGGAAACAGGACAUCAUAUUCCAUACAUUUACAAGCUGUCAUCAUCACCAUGAACAACCCAUUGCCGGCUCAUUACAGAGCACGGGUGUCUUCUCAGUUUUGGCUAUAGUCUACCACGCUGGUCCUGGCCACGCUUUUUCUCAUGUGGGUAGCUAGGUGUGCAAUAAAGUCAAAGUCAAAUAAUGUAUUCAAAAUACGUACAUACUACUUACUAUUGUACACUUUAAGUAUAGAAUCUACCAGCUCUACUCCCGUAUUUAGUCGAUGUAUCAGAUGAAACUAGUCGAGCUUACAUCAAGUAAAUAGGUGAGUAUAGCUGGUACAUUCUAUAUUUAAAAGGAAAUAACUCCCGAUAGUUCGCUUUUGUAUUGUGACUUGUUGAAUUUGUUAAAUAAUGAUGUAAUGGUGGUAAACAAUAUGUAUGUAUGUGUAUAAAAAAUAGUAUUACUUAUAUAUUUUUGUAUAAAGCUAGUAUAUGCGUUGACUAAUUCAAAAAUUGUAUCUAUAUGAUGCUAAAUGAACAAAUAAAAUUGUUUUUUUUUUU